CGCGAGGACACUCUCGCAUGCCACUAUUUUCGUCAUCGUCAUCAUCUUCUUCUUCUUCGCUCCUCGCCAGGCUCGCCUCAUCCACUCCCCUCGCCUCUCGCUUCUCCAUCCCUCGCCUCUUCUCCCUCCCCCGCCGACCUCCUCCCCCUCCGCCUCCGCCGCCGACCGCCUCCCCCGCAGCCGCCGCCGCGAUGGACCGCACCGCCGAGGACGCGCUCCGCAGGGCCCUCGCCGACAAGCAGGCCGCCGUCGAAGCCCAGGGCAACGCCGUCCGCGCCCUCAAGGCCGGCAAGGCCCCGAAGCCGGAGAUCGACGCCGCCAUCGCCGCCCUCAACGCCCUCAAGAUCGACAAGGCCGGCGUCGAGAAGCAGCUCCAGGCCGCCGUCUCCGGCGCCGGCGACGGCGCCCUCACCCGGGAGGCGUUCCGCCACGCCGUGGUCAACACGCUCGAGCGCCGCCUGUUCUACAUUCCCUCGUUCAAGAUCUACCGCGGUGUCGCGGGGCUCUACGACUACGGCCCGCCCGGCUGCGCCGUCAAGUCCAACGUCUUGGCGUACUGGCGUCAGCAUUUUGUUCACGAGGAGAACAUGUUGGAGGUCGACUGCCCUUGUGUCACUCCGGAGAUUGUCCUUAAGGCGUCGGGUCACGUGGACAAGUUUACUGACCUUAUGGUGAAGGAUGAGAAAACUGGGACUUGCUAUCGAGCUGACCAUCUGCUCAAAGAUUUUUGUAACGAGAAGCUCCAAAAGGAUUUGAGCAUUAGUGCAGAGAAGGCUGCGGAACUAAAGCUUGUACUUGCAACUUUGGAUGAUCUCUCUGCUGAUGAAUUGGGUGCCAAGAUAAAAGAAUAUGGUAUCGCAGCUCCUGACACCAAAAACGCUCUCUCCGAUCCCUAUCCGUUCAACUUGAUGUUUCAAACGUCCAUAGGCCCAUCUGGUUUGCUCCCCGGGUACAUGCGACCUGAAACUGCACAAGGCAUUUUUGUCAAUUUCAAAGACCUUUAUUAUUAUAACGGCAAUAAACUCCCCUUUGCUGCUGCUCAGAUUGGUCAGGCUUUCAGAAAUGAGAUUUCUCCUCGCCAAGGUCUUCUAAGAGUUCGUGAGUUCACUCUCGCUGAGAUCGAGCAUUUUGUUGAUCCAGAAGAUAAAUCCCAUCCAAAGUUUUCUCAAGUUGCAGAUCUGAAAUUUCUGAUGUUCCCAAGGGAACAACAAAUGUCUGGCCAAUCUGCUAUUAAAACUCAGCUUGGUGAAGCAGUUUCAAAGGGAACUGUGAACAAUGCGACUCUUGGCUACUUCAUUGGGAGAGUAUAUCUAUUUUUAACUCGCCUCGGCAUAGACAAGGAUCGCUUGCGGUUUAGGCAACAUCUUGCAAACGAAAUGGCUCACUAUGCAGCAGAUUGUUGGGAUGCUGAAAUUGAGUGUUCCUAUGGUUGGAUCGAGUGUGUUGGUAUUGCAGAUAGGUCAGCAUAUGAUUUACGAGCACAUACGGAGAAAAGUGGGGUUGCUCUUGUUGCCCAUGAAAAAUUUGCUGAACCCAGAGAAGUGGAGAAACUGGUAAUUUCUUCAAACAAGAAGAAACUCGGUCUUGCCUUUAAGGGAAACCAAAAGAUGGUUGUUGAAUCUCUGGAGGCAAUGGGUGAAGAGGAAGCUUUGCAGUUGAAGGCAGCUUUAGAAUCCAAAGGAGAGGCUGAAUUUCUCGUAUGCACAUUGGGGAAGAGUGUAAUAAUCAAGGAUAACAUGGUUAAGAUUUCUAAGCAGAAGAUAAGGGAAAAUCAAAGGGUUUUUACACCGUCUGUUAUUGAACCGUCUUUUGGCAUUGGACGCAUAAUAUACUGCCUUUAUGAGCAUUCUUUCUAUACAAGGCCCAGCAAAGCAGGGGAUGAACAACUAAAUGUGUUCCGCUUCCCUCCACUCGUGGCACCUAUCAAGUGUACGGUUUUCCCAUUGAUUCAGAAGCCAGAGUAUGAGUCAGUUGCUCAACUUAUUAGCAGAUCACUGACUGUGGCUGGUGUUUCACACAAGAUUGACAUUACAGGCAACACAAUAGGGAAGAGAUAUGCAAGAACCGAUGAGCUUGGUGUGCCCUUUGCAAUUACUGUCGAUUCUCAAGUUGAUGUGACCAUUCGAGAGAGGGACAGCAAAGAUCAAGUUCGAGUGAGUGUGGGGGAAGUGGCCUCAGUUGUGAAGGAGGUAAUUGAUGGGCACCGGACCUGGUCUGAUGUAUGGUCGAGUUUCCCACAUCAUACAUCUGCAUCUGCUGAAGAUGAAUAGUUGAGUUACCGAUAUUAUAGUUUACUUAACUUUACAUCAGUUAGAAUCAAACAUACAAUGUAAUUUGUCACAUUUUUGGGGGAUAUCCGAGGUAGCAAACGAAUGGCAUACUUUUUAUAUGUA